AUGAAUAUACCAAGAACAGUUGCGCUGUGAACGCCGAGUGAUUGGCGCGUGAGGUAAUUCAAAUCAAAAUGUUUGCGACACUGGUCGCCGUUCUCGUGUUAACCAUCUUCGGCUAUAUUAUCAAUACGAUCAGCAAGCCACGCAACUUCCCACCAGGUCCAAAAUGGUACCCCUUCGUUGGAUCGAGUGCGGUUGUCCAAAAAAUGACAAUGCAACACGGCUCACAGUGGAAGGCAUUCUCAAUUUUGGCAAAAGAGUACUCGACGAAGGCACUUGGACUUAAGCUUGGCUCAGACCAAAUUGUUGUUGUGUUUGGGGAAAAGAACAUACGCCAAGUCUUCACCGAAAAGGAAUUUGAAGGCCGUCCAGACAGCUUUUUCAUCAGGCUGAGGUGUCUCGGAAAACGACUGGGAAUAACCUUUGUCGAUGGACCUCUGUGGCGGGAACACCGACAAUUCACAGUGAAGCAUUUGAAAAACGUCGGAUUUGGUAAAACCCCGAUGGAGAAAGAAAUUCAAAGCGAGCUUGCGAAUAUUCUAGAGUACAUUGAGAAAAACAGAAAAACACCGAUUAAUCCGAAACUCAUUCUCGCGAUGUCAGUGAUGAAUAUUUUGUGGAAAUUCACAGCUGGUGAACGCAUUGAACAGGAGCGACUUAGUUACAUUUUAGAUUUGUUUGCAAAACGUUCCAAGGCCUUCUCGAUAGCUGGUGGCUGGCUCAACUUGUGGCCCUGGAUACGAUUCGUUCUUCCAGACUUGAGUGGCUAUAACUUAAUAAAAAAUUUAAAUCUACAAAUAAGCGAUAUUAUUAAGGAAGCCAUCAUCAAACAUAAAAAUGGAACUGUACAAGGCAGCGAUUUUAUAUACACAUUUUUACAAGAGAUGAAAGAAAGUAACAACGAUUUUUUUCAUGAGGAACAAUUAAAUACCAUUUGUCUUGAUAUCUUAAUAGCGGGCUCACAGACGACGAGUAAUGUUGUAGAGUUUGCUAUUUUGUGUCUUAUACGAUACAAGGCGAUACAAGAGAAGGUUUAUGAUGAGAUAAAGAGAACGAUUGGUGACAAUGAACCAAAUUGGAAUGAUAGUAACAGAUUACUAUACACCAUGGCCUUCCUUCUAGAAGUCCAAAGGUUCUACACAAUAGUACCAUUAGCUGGUCCCAGAAGAGUGCUUCAAGAUACCACUAUAGAUAACUAUACUAUACCAAAAAAUACCACAGUAUUAUUAGCAGUUGGCGAUGUACACUUUGAUAGCGAGAUAUGGGAUGAACCACACAAAUUCAUGCCUGAAAGAUUUUUGGAUUCUAAUGGCAAUUUGAAUAAAAACGAUCACUUUUAUCCCUUUGGAAUGGGUCGAAGGCGCUGCCCCGGCGAUUCGUUAGCGAAAUCAUUUAUUUUCAUUACAUUCGUUGGAAUCGUUCAAAAAUAUAAGGUCGAAAGUUCGAACGGUGUUUUACCUUCCGAAGAGCCAAUCAUCGGAUUAAUAUCUGGAGCGAGACCGUUCACAGCAGAAUUCAUUCCACGGUCUUGAUGUGAUGUUCAUUUAUAUUUGAUAUAUGUGAGAUUUACAAAAUCGCGAUUUACAUCACAUGUUAUUUUACACAAUCAUUGGAAUUAUUUGACACUACCAGAGCUCUUAUUUUGUAACAUCCAAUAGCGAUUCCGACGCUACUCCCGACCCUACAUAGAACUUGCGUAUAAAAAUUACGGAAUCUGUAUCGCUGUCGUUAUUGGAAGUUACACAGUAAGUGGGCUGGGAGUACCCUUAAUAGUCGCCAUAGUGAUUCCAGUACACAGUGCGCAACUAUGAAGACUCAUAAUUAUAGUAGACAUUGGUUUACAAAAAACGUGUCAUCUUAAAAUGUUGAAAUCUUUUGUUUCUUAUCAAGUCAAAUAUAUUUCAUUAACACAAAAAUGUUUUAAAUUAAUGCGACCUUAUAUAAAAUGUGGACUAAACAUGUUUAUUACCAUAGUUACAUGGAACAUAGAUCGUAGAUUUUCCAAUCUUUAGUCCACUUUUUAUAAAGUUUGGACAUUUAUCUAUAAAGGAAGGCUCUAUUCAAGAGUCAUAUUUUAUAAUACUUACAACUAAUUUUAGUACUGAAAAGCAAAAGCAGUAAUAAAUGUGCACUGGAACGUU